AUGGCUGGCGGAAACAACAAAAUCUCAUCUGAAAAUAAUGAAGAGGGAGGAUCUGCACCGAAGCGUCAAAGAAUUGAAGCAGAGAAUAAUCAGAAUGCAGAGAACAAUACAAAUGAUCAACUUCCAUUGACGCUUCGAAUGAUGUAUGAUACGUGUCAAGAAGUGCUGGAAAAACAGAAAAAUAUCGUCGAAAAGCUUCGGUUGGCAGAUGAGAAACUGGAAUCGAUUCAACUGCAACUGAAGUCCGAUAUAGUCGAUAAAAAAACUGCAAUCUCAUCGAAUUCUCCUGACAACAAAGAUUCAGUGAAUGCGACGACGCCCAGUGAUUCUUCCCAAAAAACGAUUCCAAGUGAUAUUAUGCCAACGACUGGAAAGCAUUUCGUGUUGAAGUACAAAUUAAAAAAUGUGUCAGAAAUGGUAGAAGAUGAUGGGCAAUACUUAGAAGCGGAGGAACACUUUGGCGUAGAAUGCAAGAAUGCUCACACGUGGGGAUGGGAGAAAUUUAUCGAAUGGGCGGAAAUGGAAAAAGACUUUCUUGUGGACGAUAUGUUGACAGUAGAAACGCACGUGAAAAUCGGAAAAACAACUGGUAUUUACAAAGAUAAUCUGAGAAGUUUCGACGAGACAAUGGAAGAAUUCUCGGAUGUUGUACUUGUUGUCAACGAACAGAAAUUCUACGUUUUAAAAUUAUACCUCUCCGUCCAGUCUUCAUAUUUCAACGCACUUUUUUUAGGACAAUUUCGAGAAUCGAAGAAAUCGGAAGUUAAAUUAACUGGAGUCGAUGCAGAUGACUUCCAGAACUAUCUGGAAUUACUUUACGGAGACGAUUCAAUUGAUGAGUUCACAGUCGAAGGCCUUCUUCUCGUCGGUGAUAUGUAUGAUACUGCAAUGGUCAUUCGCAAAUGCGAGCAGUUUCUAUUGAAGGAAUCAAAGAAAACGUUGAAGAAGAAGUUAGAAUUGUCUACUCGAUACAGUUUGGAAGCACUCAAGAAGAAAUGCCUCGCUGAAAUCAAAUCGAUUGGCGAUCUUCAAGCUGUUCUGCCUGAAAAUGUGCAAGAUUUGGACAAAUCUAUAAUGGGCGAACUUCUUGAAAAAUCCAUUUCACUUCAUAAUUGA